AUGACAAGUGCCGUCAAACCAAAGGACGGUGCGGAGUUUAAAGUUCCGCCGAAAUUUAAAUUUCAAGAAGGAGAGAAAGUUCUUUGCUUUCAUGGGCCAUUGAUAUAUGAGGCAAAAUGCUUACAGUCUCGUGUAGAAGAAAAAGAAAAAAUUGUGCAGUAUCAUAUCCAUUAUUCUGGUUGGAAUAAGAGUUGGGAUGAGUGGGUACCUGAGAGUCGUGUCUUGAAAUACAAUGAAGCUAAUCUACAAAGGCAGAAAGAACUUCAUAAAGCGCAGAAAACUGAACCGAAGGGGAAAAGAGGUAAAAAAAGAAGUACAUCAGGAAAAGAAUUAGAUACAUCUCGUGACAAGGAUGGAGAUAGCAGAAGUUCUACUCCGAUCGACAGAUACUCUGGAAGGCAGAGUACUUCUGCUCCAUCUUCAUCGCAGGAAUCUUCGAGUGAUGUUCCUAAACGUAAACGAUCAAAGACAGAUCCAACUGUUGAAAGUGAGGAGCAAUUUUUGGCUAAAUUGGAAAUCAAAAUUAAGUUACCAGAUGAAUUGAAGCCGAUACUUGUUGAUGAUUGGGAAUAUAUAUCAAAGCAAAGGCGGUUGGUGAAAAUUCCUUCUAAGCAUACCGUUGAGAGCAUUCUUGAUGAUUAUUCUAAACAGAGGGUACCUCUAAAACAACCCAUUAUAAAUAAGGAGGAGGCUAGACUUGAAGUGACGGAUGGUAUUAGAGAAUACUUCAAUGUUAUGCUUGGAACUCAGCUGCUUUACAAAACAGAAAGGAAACAAUAUAAUGAGGUUACCAAAGAACAUCCCGAUACUGUUGCAAGUAAGCUGUAUGGUCCUGUACAUUUAUUGCGCCUUUUCGUGAAAAUCGGGUGUGCUCUUGCUUAUACAAGGUUGGAUGAGAGGACAGUCCAGUUGUUGGUUUUACAUCUUCAUGAUUUCUUGAAAUUCUUCCACAAAAAUAUUGGAACCUACUUCAGCCCACAAGAUUAUACUGCACCAGUUCCUUAA